AUGGACCAGACAAAUCAACAACAACAGAAACUACCAACUACUGGAAAUAUUGGUGAAAACAAUCAACUUACGGAAACAAUAAAUAAUUCAAACGAUGCUCCCGAAUUACAUGAUGCUUCUGGUGACAUCAAAAUAGCAUCAGGACCAGCACCUAUUCCUCAACCAAAUCGUCAAAGGGCCGCUAAAUCAAAGACACAUGAAUAA